AUGAAGUUAUUGAAGUUAAACCCACCGAACAAAUUAAUUGUGACAAAUGCACUAAAGUCUAAAUGUCUUCACUUUGUAUUGAUUUUGCUCCAAGAGCUGUCAUGUCAAUCUAAUUUAUUUUGUAAUUUGUUCACAUUAUAUAAAUUUGUGUUGCUAUUACCAUCAACACAGACUACCUGUGAAAGAGUAUUUUCAAAGCUGAAAAUAAUCAAAACUAAACUUCGGUCUUCUUUACCCCAAGAACAUCUUAAUCCAUUAAUGCUAAUGUCCAAUGAAAAGGAUAUUUUGAUUGACUCAGAUGAGUUGAUUGAUACGAUUGCUAACUCAUCUAGUGAACUAAAAAAAUUACUGAUAUAA